AUGAAAUUGAGUCGCGCUAUCAGUUAUACCGCGUUAGGUGUGAUUGUCAUCUACAUUACAGCAGUUCUAUUUGGAGCGCCACUUUUAAGUCAUUUUGGAGCAAAUUUCAUUUUUUCGAUAGUGCUUGCAAUAGUAAGUAUAUUUCCAUUGCUAUUAAUUGCUGAAGACUUCGACAGUUUGGAUAGUAUUUUAUUUGGCGAGAGGCAGUUGUCGCAUAAGUGUUUACUUAUUCGUUAUUUAUCAUUUGGUGGCAUUUUCGGUGCGUGGUUCGGCGCUUUUGUUAUCCCUCUCGACUGGGAUCGCUGGUGGCAACGUUGGCCCAUUCCUUGUGUCUUCGGUACAAUGAUUGGUGGUAUUCUUGGGUGCUUGGCUAGUUAUAUGAAAUUUUCGAUUAUAUCAAUGUACGCUGCAACGAGCACUUACCAUUCUCAACUGAUCAAAGUACCGAAGUUGAAGGCUAUCAUUUUUGCCGAAUUCGAUGCAGACAAAGGUCCAGUUAUCAGGAUACAAGUUCCUGGCUUUCUUUUCGAUGCAAAAAGAUUUGAUACAUUUUCAAAUGCUGUCAUCCCUAAACCGGAACUUUUUCAUAGACUAAUUAAAGUAAAUCAUGUUGAAAAUAGUGAUGGAAAGGUAUACAAAGUGAUGGGACACCCAGUUGGUAUCGAAUCUGAUUCAUAUGCUCGCGGUCGCUAUAUAUUCAAUAUCUGUUUUGUGGUUGAUAAAAAUGGUCAAGAUAGUUGUAUAUACGAACCGAUGGUACAGAAAUGUGCGGCUUAUCUAACACAAAUGGAAAAGGAUACGCGUUUUUUGUCACAGUCACAGGAUAAACUACCAGAUUUAUUGCUGAACAUAUUCGAAGGCCUCAAUGAGCAUGGUGAAUGCAAGAUUCCUGUUACUGAUCAGACAACUAUAUACUUAAAGUUAUGUCCUUCAUUUCAUGGUAUUGAGCCGCCUAAAGUGGAGCCCUAUAUGGUGCCGAUGUUCACACAAAUACCACCACCUAAUACACCAAGUCACAUCCCAAAAAUGGAUGUUCUCUCACAAAAAAUUUGUCUCAAAGUGGAUGGUGUGCGCUGCAUUCAAGAAAUUGCCAUGAUGGUACAAAUAGAUACUGAUCUGGUGAUGCGGUGCGUUCGUAAUUUACAUUUCUACGGAUGCCUGACAUUAAUACCUCUCUUUAUGUAUGCUAACACCUAUAUUGCUACCGAACAACUACAUAAUUUUUAUAUGAAUGCUAAUCUGAUCGAAAUAGGUAUGACAAUGAAAGAUUGGUGUCAACGAAUGUCCCCUAGGCAGUACAAUGUUGAUGAGAGACGUGCGAUACAGUUUGGUAUAUGCCAUGGGUUUAUUCGAAAGUUGUGUAUUUAUCCUGUUUCCGUGAAGAAAGGCGAUCUGCGAAGGAUAGCCAAACUAUGUGAUGGUACUCGCUCAUUGGAAGACUUAGCAGUCAUUUUUAGGGUUUCACCAGUAAAACUAUUAAAGGCAGUUCGUGACGACGGAAAUUUUGUUUUCAUGUCGAAAUAG